CGGAGAAAUUCUCCAUAUCGCAUUUUCCUCCUAUAAUGCUUCAUUCCUGAUCAUCAUGUCUGCCUACAUAAUCUAGACGUAUCUUUGUAUUUAUUCAUUCAUGUGCAUAUUUGGAUUUGUGAUUCGAAUGCAGAUAGAGAUUGGAGUAGAUAGAAGACGAGAGCGACUGACUGACAGAGAAUGGGGAUAUUGUACGCCAUGGUGGCCAGAGGAUCGGUCGUGCUAGCUGAAUUCGGCGAUAAGGUGACGAACGCAGGAAAGACGGCCAGACUAUUACUCGACAAGAUUCCGGCCGGUAAUAACGAUAGCAAUGUAUCCUAUUCUCAGGAUCUGUAUAUCUUUCAUGUGAAGAAGACCGAUGGCCUCACUGUUCUCUGCAUGGCAGAGGACAAUUUCGGAAGGAGAAUACCUUUUUCCUUUCUGGAAGAUAUUCAUCUAAGAUUCGUAAGGACAUAUGGUCGUACAGUUCAUUCAGCUGCUGCAUAUGCAAUGAACGAUGAAUUCUCAAGGGUCCUAGGACAACAGAUGGACCAUUACACCAACGAUACAAAUGCAGAUAGAAUAAACAGACUGAAAGGCGAAAUGAGUCAGGUCCGAUCAGUAAUGAUAGAAAAUAUAGAGAAAGUAUUGGAGAGGGGUGACCGGUUGGCGAUACUUGUUGAUAAAACUGCAACAAUGCAAGGCAAUACAUUGCGGUUUAGAAGACAAAGUAAAAGGUUCAAAAACACGAUAUGGUGGAAGAAUUUCAGACUAUCAACUGCACUUAUACUUGCUCUAUUACUAAGUGGCUAUGGUAUAAUGGCAUUCCUUUGCCACGGUCUCUUGUUUCCAUCCUGUUUCAAGUGAGUCUUGUCUUUUCCCUUCUUGUGUUCUAUCAUCAUCAUCGUAU